AUGGCGGUCGCAAGAUGGCGGCCGCCGGGCGCCGUGAGGCGGCGUAGGCGCGGCUCCGCCUCCCGCCCCGGCCUCCACACGGCAGGCGGCGAGCGGAGCGGAGCGGAGGGUGCUGCCCACACCGAGGGCUCAGCAGGUAGGCAGGGCCGGGGCAGCUCCUCCCCGGAGGAGAGAAGGGGAAGAAGGCAAAAAAAAUAAAGAGGCAGGAAGGAGCCAUGAAGCCACCUCCGAGGGCAGGCGAGGCGCGCUGAGGGCUCCCGGAGGAAAGCUGUCCUCUCCCGGACGAGAGACGGGGCAGAGGAGGGCUGCAGUCCGGGGUCCGCUCGCCCCAGCGCCAUGAAGCUGCUGCGCCUGCUGUGCCGCCACAAGACGGCCCUGGGCCUGGGCGGCCUCUCGCUCUUUGCUGUGGUCCUGCUCUACCUGGCCAAGUGCACCUCUGAGGGGCUGCGGCCGCUGCCAGCCCCCCGGGGGCUCCCCCACAACCAGCCUCCGCCGCCUCGGGGGGUGAGGGGGGCACAGCCGCCCGCAGCCCCGCCGCCACCACCGCCGUCCCCUCAGGAGACGGCGUUUUUGGCCGUGCUCAUCACCAGCGGGCCCAAGUACACCGAGCGCCGCAGCAUCAUCCGCAGCACGUGGCUGGCAGCGGCCGGCCGCCCUCCUCACGACGACGUCUGGAGCCGCUUCGUCAUCGGCACCGGUGGGCUCGGGGCCGAGGAGCUUCGUAGCCUGGAGCUGGAGCAAAGCCGUCACAAGGACCUCCUGCUUCUGCCGGAGCUGCGGGAUUCCUACGAGAACCUGACUGCUAAAGUCCUGGCCAUGUACGUCUGGCUGGAUCUGCACCUUGACUUCCAGUUUGCCCUGAAGGCCGACGAUGAUACCUUUGUACGCUUGGAUGUACUCGUGGAAGAGCUGAGAGCCAAGGAGCCGCGCCGCCUCUACUGGGGCUUCUUUUCUGGCCGGGGUCGAGUGAAAUCUGGUGGCAAGUGGAAAGAGAGCGCCUGGGUGCUCUGUGACUACUAUCUACCGUAUGCCCUGGGUGGUGGUUAUGUGCUUUCUGCAGACCUGGUGCACUAUUUGCGUCUCAGUAGAGACUACCUGAACAUGUGGCAGAGCGAAGAUGUCUCCCUGGGGGUUUGGCUGGCUCCCAUUGAUGUGAAGAGAGUGCACGACCCUCGUUUUGACACUGAGUAUAAGUCACGGGGUUGCAACAAUAAGUACAUAGUAACGCAUAAGCAAAGCAUCGAGGACAUGCUGGAAAAGCACCAGACCCUGGCUAAAGAAGGGAAGCUCUGUAAGGAGGAGGUUAAGCUCAGGCUUUCCUACAUGUAUGACUGGGGAGUGCCACCUUCACAGUGUUGCCAAAGGAAGGAUGGCAUCCCGUGAAAGUCUGAGGAAAUAAAAAGCAGAUGGACUCUGAGCUUGGUUACCAUUACAUGGGGAGAACCCCAGUAACUAGGGCUUAAAAAUUAUUGAAAAGAUUUUGCACGAUUCAUUAUGUCACUAUCAAUGAAACCCUGAAAUUCUGAGAGCUACUGAUGUGGCAUGAUGUAAAAACGUUUGUAAAACAGAAGUGGCAAAAACCUGGAAAGGCUUGUAUUACAGGAUUGAAGGCAAAUAAUAGAUUGCAAAAUAUGGAUAAUACAGAAAAUUGGGGGUAACUAACUUGGAUCAAAAGCUGCUGGAAGAUUUUUACAUUCAAAUGUAUAUUUGCUAAAGAUCAUGACAGGCCUUCACAUUAUCUGUAAGAUUGUGAAACUAACAUCUGCUAUUUAUUUCUUGGCAAGAAACAAGUGUCAGUUUGGCAAGGUUUGAAGAUUCUAAUGGGGCCACAAAUCAGUUGCUGUUGCCAGUGGGAACAGGUGGCUGGUUAUUGACAAGCAUUGAAGUAAAGAGAACAAUUUUGCAUCAGAUAUUCACAGUAGGGGAGGGAGAAAGUCAGGUCUUUGGAGAGUGCUCUGAUUUACAAGAAUGGAAUUGUUAGACCUGUAACUUGUCUCUAGGCUUUCUGUUGCUUUAAGGACAUCAUGUACAUAAAUUAUCUGGCAGCUACAGAGUAAGUCUGUAUUUAAAAAGGUGGAUGAGUUAUGUUUUUUUGCAGAUAAGAGCAAAUUAUUUUUGGCCAAAUAGUUACACUACAAAGCUAGCCUUCAGUUGGUAGGCAUAGGUGUUGUUCUUAGCUUUUUGUCCAGACACAUUGUGUGUGAAGAAACAUUCCCCCCAACAGUAAAUAAUCCUAUAGACUACUACACAGUCAGAUGUCAUAGGCUUCAGAUUUACAUUUUUAGAUUACUUCUGUAAAAUGUAAAUUAGCAGGAUUCGAUUGGUGGAGAGUAUUUAAAAUUCAGGCAAGAUUGCCCCAAAAUGUCUAGCACAGAUAAGAAAGUAAACUCAAUGUGGUCAAGAGAGAAGUAGGUCACCCUGAUUAAGGAAGGGUGAUUUUACCCCCCCCACCCCUCCCCCCAAAUUUAAGACAACUCUUGUGUUUGAAGACAACCUUUUCUUCUGUUUUAAGAGCUGCAUGGCACUCUAAGGAGAGUGAUUUCCCAGCAGUGACAUUCUCUCCUUCUCCCCAGGAGUACCUCAUAGUAGAGCAAAGAAUAUUACAGAAGGUCUAAGUAAUUGCUCAAAUGAUAUGUCAGUAAAUGGGAUUAUUCCCUUCAGUUCUGUCUACACUACAAAUAAUUCUAGUGCUGACAGAAUUGUCAGCAUCAGGUACGGUAUUGAACAGUAAAUGCAGACAGGAUGUUUUUGGCUGUAGAACAGAUCACUUAUACAAUUUCAUUAUCUUAUUUACCCUCAAACUUUUAGGUGAGCCUGUAAUUCAAACACUUGCAUGGCAGAUACUCUAAUACACAGUUUUUUUCCCAGUAUUAGUACAGAGCUACUGAGUGCCAAUACCCUUUGUCAGCUACAAAUCUUUCCCAGUACAACCAGAGAUUUUACUUUUAUGCCUGGACGUAUGUUCUUAAUGAUCAGUUUUACUGUUUGUUGCACACUGCACUUUCAUACAAUUCCUAUCAUUCCCUAAUCUGCCUUGGCAGGAGCCUCUUCUCACCUGCAGGAAGGCACAAAUGGAAAAAAAAUGGUGCCAGUAUCUCUAGUUUUGCUUUCUAAAUGAGCAAGUUAGUAGUUCAUACCAAAGGAAUCAAGUAUGUUAUUUUGUUCUUCUCUUCUUUUGAUUGAAUUAUUGAGGAUUAAGAAGAGUCUUUUGCCAAGGAUGAUAAUUCUCCAUUUUGAAAACCUGAAUCCUUGAUUUCAUUCUAAAACAAAUUACGGUACUGAAAAUAAGUUAUUUUAGCAUGUGUCCAUUCUAAUGCAUGUCCAUGUAUUGGCAGAUAGGCAGAUGUGCUUUUCAGCAAGGUGUAUCAUUCCAAAACAAGGAUUUCAUACUUAGCAAGAUUACAGGAGAUUUAAAUUGGUUUUUGCAUUUUAAAAAUAUCUACUUGUUAUUUGGGGUAAACUAGUACUGUGUGUAUAUAUGUGAUUAAAUGCUUGUGAUGUGAGUAUUUAUAAAUAUUGAAAAUGUAUUAUGUAUAGGAAAAGGUAGUUAAGUGUCAUAUUUUAAAUUUGUUUAAGGAAGUACUUUAACGUCCAUGAGAAUUGCGUAUCAAGCAGUGCUUGAAUUUGUUGGCAUGUGAGCCAUUAUUUAAAGUACUGGGAUCCAAAGUGCAGGUGAAAAGUCUGCUGCAAGAGUGCUGCUCAUCCGUUCCUACCAGUCUCCGUGUUCACAGGAGGUGUUUACAUUGCUGGCUGUGACUCCCCUUACCUGCCCCCCAACAAUUUCCACAGGGGUUAAUUUUUAAUGAAGGAGAAGCGCUGGAUCUCCAUCCAAUCUUUGGCCCAUGGAGAACAUGAUGCAUACAAACACUUAUGAAAUUCUCCGAGUUGUUUCUUACACAGGUGUCAGGAAGAAGCACCUGGCUCAGUACAUCUCAACAGCAGCACAGCCCUUUGCCUGCCGAGGUGCUCUGCCUGCACACUUGCAAGAUGAAGCUGAGGAAUGAUGGUGACCACUCUUACAUACUUGAUAUCACCCCUCUUAUAUACCUGAUAUCCGUGUCUAACACAACUUCAUUAUACCCUUUUCUCUUUAAGGUUGCUCAUGUUUUGUUCUAGCUGCAAAACAAAAUAAUGUGGCAGACUUGGGAGAUUCUUGUCUCUUUGGUGUAUGGUUUUAGUUUUCUUAGUAGACACCCAUACUGCAAAUCUAUUGCAUAGAUGUUAAUCCCAAUUAACUGGAAAAUUCCACUAAAAUAAAAUCUCAAUUUAAAAACAAGGAAAACCAAACUUAUAAUACUAUUCCUGCAGCUGAACACUUUCUUUCCUGAAUAUCUCAUUUUGUUCAUGUGAAGUCAGCUCAAAUACAGCUCCUACAUGUCCUACUUUUGACAAACAGUGGAUUUUCUGUAGUUGAAAUACCUCAUUUUGAGCAUUUGAAUUUGUAUUCCAUAUCUGUUAACAGUAGUGUUCUAGGGGGCAGGGAUCUCUAUUCAGUGUUAGCUUUGUAGAUUUUAUUAAAAGCCCAGCAGCAUGGGAAGGUGAUUAAGAUUUGCAUUUCUAUUAAUUUCUGUUCAGCUCCAGCAUCAGAGUUGAAGUAUGUUCUCGGUAUCGCUGUAUGCUUGACAAACUGUCACCAAAUACUGCUCUGUAUUUAAUUUAGAUCACACUGCCUGCAAGACUCCGAUCUGUUGCUACACGUACCUGUGCAAAAAAUGCUUUUACCCUGGAACUGGACCUGCUUUAUGCCGACAUAAUAUGCCAGUUACAACUUUCUAAUACAGACUAUUUAGGUAAUGUCUACUAAAACACAGAAAUGUGUCAGUCUGUUACUUAUAAGCUACGUGAAGCUGAAGGAUACUACUUAAGUGUGCCUUUAUGAAACAGAAUAAACAUGGGAUACUGUGCCGAGUAUAUUUUAAACAAUUGAAUGAAAAUGCACUUUUUUUUUGCAGCUACAUAACUUUGCCAUUUGGGGGUAGGGUGUGGCACUGUUUAUUUGCUCAGCAUUUGUAUAGGGAGUAAACUGCUAGAAACCUGAAGCUGUCUGUGACGAUGAAAACAUUUGGUAAUUGUGUAAGUAUAUUGUAUAGGUAUUUAUGUCUUUCCACAUAUGCCAUUAUUGGCCAAAGGAUCUGUGUGCUGAUUUUUAAUAAAAAAGACUUUUUGCUGUA